AUGAAGGGAGAGGAAGAUGUGAUAGGAGGUGGUGGGAUAUUCUUCAACACAUUACAAAAGAACACACACCCCAUCUCCAUCUCCAACUCCAACUCUAAAAACAAAACCUCCGCCCUAGCCACGCACCUCCAAAACCAAUUCAACUCCUUCCUCACCUCCUGGACCAGUCCAACAAAACACCUCUACCUCUCAGGCCUGUACACACACCCCUCCUUCCAACGACGGGGCAUCGGGACCGCGGUUCUCAAUUAUGGCCAUGAGAAAGCCGAUCGCGAAAGCGUCCCAAAUUUUCUCAUUGCGAGCGCGAUGGAACGACCGUUGUACACGCAUAAGAGGUGGAAGGAGGUUGGGGGCGUGAGUGUGGAUUUGAAGGAUUGGGUUGAGGGUGCGGAGGGGGGAGAUGCUGGGUGGGGUGUUUAUAGGUAUGCGUUUAUUGUUAGGAUGCCUAGGACGGGUGCUAAAGGGAAUAUUGGAGAUGAGGAGGUGAGGGGCUGA